CUCUCUCUAGAGUCUUUUGACUCUACAACAUCCCCUCUCCUUUAUAGUAUUUUUUCCUUUUCUUGUAAAACUUCCUCCUCCAAACCAUCCAGUCGGCAGCUCCCGCCUUCCCUCCAUCAUGGCUUCGCAGGAUAAAGGUCGGCCAUUACCUAAAUUUGGGGAGUGGGAUGUAAAUAACCCAGCUUCAGCUGAAGGAUUUACUGUAAUAUUCAGCAAGGCCAGAGAUGAAAAGAAGACCAGUGCAGCUCAAGUGAAGAUGGUCACCCCACGAAAAACUGACGGCAGCCUACGAAGAAAUGGUGCUGGAUACAACACUGUCAAUGAGCAUUAUCCCAAAUAUCCUCCCUCAAAGAAGAGAUGGUUUUGCUGUGGUUGACAUAAAUCAACAACUGCUUUUGGGGCAUGGUGAUGAUAAUGCAAUAUAUUAGGUGGGACUGGGAGGAGCUACAAGCAAAGACACUUUCUGGUGCCUGGGAAAGAUGUGGAACAGCAAAUUCUCAUAUAUAAACAGUUUUUUUUUGGUUCCUUCCUUUCCUUUUCACUUGUGCUUGAUUUUGGCUUCUUUUGUCUUCUAUAUAUAUGUCUCAAAAGGUUUUGCAUAUAUAUUUUGUUAUAUAGAAUGAAAAAGAGGACUGGUAAACAUAAAAAUUUGUAAUAUAUACAUACAGAAAUUUGUGGUUCUCA